CCGUCACUCCCCUCUCUUUCGCUCACUCUCUUUCUCUCUCCUCAGAAAUCAUUCUCUAACUUUCUCUUUCACUCACUCACUCACUCUCCUUCUCUCUCCUUCUCUCUCCUCUCUAGAACACACUGUCUUUCUCUUUCCUCAGGAUUCAUUCUCUUUAACUCUCUUUACCACCUCUCCUUACCUCCAUAUUCUCUUUCCCCUUGAUUAUACGUUUUUUUUAAAAAUUUAUGUUUUGUUUUUGCUACUAGAUCUGUAGCAAUUAGAUUCAAAUUGGUAGAAUUUUUGGGUUUUAUAAUUAGAUUUUAAUCUGAUUUUUAUUUAAAUGAUUUUUGUUAGUUUAUUGUUGAAAACCAAGAGGAGGAAGUUAUUAAGAGGCGAAGAAGAAGGCACUAACGGCGACGGAGAAAUCAAUUGUUAGAUCUUUGGAAUCCACCGCUUACAAGGAUCUUAUUUCUUUUAAUUUUUUUGUUACUUGUUACCCUUUUUUUAAGUGCUAUGAUUCUUUUUUGGAUUUUUAAAAUUAUUUUUGGGAAUUUAUUUUUAUAUCUUGGAAAAUCGAUUGAAAUGACUUAGUUUUGGGAAUUUUUCCGCUUCUCUUUCGUUCUUCACAUUUUGAAAAUUCUCCCCUUUCAAUUCUCAAUCUACAACUUCAGAGAAUUCAACAAUGGCGGCUUCAAACAAUCAAUUAGGGUUUGUAAUUUUCGCUAUGAUUCUUGUUUCAUUUUCAAUCUCAGUAAUGGGGGAUUUGGAAUCAGCUUUUAUUGUAGCUCACAAGAAGGCUACCCUUACAAAGCUUAGCAAUGGCGUCGAAUGUAUCUCCGUUUCUAUCGACCUCUACAAUCGUGGAUCUUUGUCCAGAAACAUCUCUGAGGCUCAAUUUGUUGUCAAUCUUGGGGAGAAAUCUCGAGUUCCAAUUGUUUCCUACUCUGCUACAAGCCCUUCACUUUCUCCCAUGCGAAACCCGUAUUUCAUUCGAGCAACACAGGAUAAUUCCUGCCAAGUACAACCCAUCAGUGACCUUAUCCAAGCUUUUGGAUGGAGAGAAGUUGUACCUGUUUAUGUUGCUAAUGAAUUUGGUGGUGGGAUCAUACCUUUCUUGAAGUUCAGGAGGCAAGAAAGUUCUAUUGAUGCUGCUGAAGACAGAGACAUUGGUGAUGAAGAAAUCAAGAAUGGCAGUUUUAAUCCUUUUAAUGUUGAGGAUAGAGAUAGAGAAAUGUCUGAGACAUCAUGUACCAGAAGAUUUAUUACUAUGAGGCUCUAACUUUUUUUUUUUCUGAAAUUUUCCUUUAAUCUAUGUAGCUAUGUCUGUUAGUUCAAUCAAGAAGAAUUUUAUCUGAAAUCCAAUUUGGUGUAUAUGUUAUGUUUGAUAAUAUGUUUGUGGCAUGAAAUAUUUGGAUUUGUUAUAAAUUAUUAUAAUAAUUUGGGUGGUAAA